GCUUUUAAUGAGAGCUGAAGAAUAUAUUGACCGGUUGCGACCCUCUACAAAAAAAAUUUCAAAAUUUGCAGGUUGGUCUCCAGCUUAUGUAAGCAAUUUUUACAGAUUAAUGAAUGUAAUGUGAAUAAGUUUAGAAUAAUCCUUAGAAAGCCAAAGCCAAAAACUUUGUGGGGAAGAUGUCAAAUAUAACUUCUAAACAUGUCAACAAAUCCUCAAGAAGAAGUAUAUAAGGAGUUUCUAAAUUAUGACUGGGAUUCAUUUAGUGAUUUUCAAGAUGGGUUAAAACAAAUCUUAGAUAAUUAUCUCGAUAAUCUUAAAGAACAAGAUGCUUCUAUUACAUCUAUUCCAGCAUUAGAUAAACAGCAAUUAAUUGAUCAAGCCAAAUCAUUUUUUUAUUGUUCACAUUCAGGAAAUAUAUUGAAUCUCGAUGAUUAUCUUCAAUGGAAAUUACAUAAUGGGGAUAAAUAUGAUAAGAAUAAAAAGAUAACAGAACUAGAUUCUGCUGAAGAUGAAUCACUACAGCAAAGUUCCAGUUCAAGUUCUGAUCCACCAUAUUCAUCAAAUUAUCAAGAAUUAGUUGAAUUAAUUAUUUCAGGAAAACCAGUACCAGGCAUUAAACAGAUACCAGAUACAGUUCUUACCGAAGAAAGCUCUAAAUCUCAAGCUAGUCAACGAGUCAAACCAUGGGAAAAAGCUGCUAAAGAAGAAGCAAGUGUGAAUUAGAUUAGAAAAUAAUUUUAUUAAAAUAUCUAUCUAUAAA